GCCUGCGCACCGCCGCCACCGGAGGCGGAAGCGCGGCGGGGCGGGCAGCGUUGGGCGCCGCCAUGAGCUUCCUCAUCGACUCCAGCAUCAUGUUCACCUCACAGGUGCUGUUCUUUGGAUUUGGGUGGCUCUUCUUCAUGCGAAAGCUCUUCAAGGAUUAUGAGGUGCGACAGUAUGUGGUCCAGGUGAUCUUCUCUGUGACUUUUGCAUUCUCUUGUACCAUGUUUGAGCUCAUCAUCUUCGAGAUUUUGGGAGUGCUGAACAGCAGCUCUCGGUAUUUUCAUUGGAAGCUGAACCUGUGUGUCAUUUUGCUCAUCCUGGUCUUCAUGGUGCCCUUCUACAUUGGUUACUUUGUUGUGAGCAAUAUCAGAUUAUUGCACAGACAGAAACUACUUUUUGCAUGUGUUGUGUGGUUGACAUUCAUGUAUUUCUUCUGGAAGCUGGGGGAUCCAUUUCCUAUCCUCAGCCCAAAACAUGGAAUCCUGUCUAUAGAACAGCUCAUCAGCCGUGUUGGUGUGAUUGGGGUGACACUCAUGGCUUUGCUGUCAGGAUUUGGGGCUGUCAACUGUCCAUACACUUACAUGUCCUACUUUCUCAGGAAUGUGACAGAUGCAGAUAUUCUGGCUCUGGAGCGACGACUCCUUCAGACCAUGGACAUGAUUGUUAGCAAGAAGAAAAGGAUAGCAGUGGCUCACAGGACAAUGUUCCAGAGAGGAGAAGUGCAUAACAGACCCACUGGCUUCUGGGGAAUGAUAAAAAGUGUUACAACAUCUGUUCCUGGCAGUGAAAAUCUGUCCCUUAUCCAGCAAGAAGUGGAUGCCCUGGAAGAAUUGAGUCGGCAGCUUUUCCUGGAAACUGCUGACUUGCAUGCAACAAAGGAGAGAAUAGAGUAUUCCAAAACUUUCCAGGGAAAAUACUUUAACUUUUUGGGUUAUUUUUUCUCCAUCUAUUGUGUCUGGAAAAUCUUCAUGGCAACCAUCAAUAUUGUAUUUGACCGUGUGGGGAAGACUGAUCCAGUCACAAGAGGAAUUGAGAUCACUGUAAAUUACCUGGGAAUCCAGUUUGAUGUCAAAUUCUGGUCUCAGCACAUUUCCUUUAUUCUUGUUGGAAUAAUCAUUGUUACCUCUAUUAGAGGGUUGUUAAUCACACUUACAAAGUUCUUCUAUGCCAUUUCCAGCAGCAAGUCCUCCAAUGUUAUUGUUCUGCUGUUGGCACAGAUAAUGGGAAUGUACUUUGUGUCAUCAGUGCUCCUGAUCCGCAUGAGCAUGCCUCCGGAAUACCGCACCAUUAUCACAGAGGUCCUGGGAGAGCUCCAGUUCAACUUCUAUCACCGUUGGUUUGAUGUGAUAUUCCUAGUUAGUGCCCUGUCCAGUAUCCUCUUUCUCUAUUUAGCACACAAACAAGCUCCAGAAAAGCAUAUGACCCUCUGAGGCAGAACUGCAGCCAUGCACUGCUCUCUGUCAGCUGCACUGCUGCAGCUCCUGUGGGUUGCAGAACUUGGAGAGACAGGACUGCUCUGUGUGUUUGGCAGUGUAACUGCAAAACUUGGAGAGACAGGACUGCUCUGUGUGUUCUGGCUCCUUGAACCUCCACACGUGUCAUCAUCUAGCUCUGUGGCUCGUUUUGUUCAGUGCCAUAGCUGGAAGGGAUGGGGGUGUGUGUGUUCAACUUGAAACAGUUAAUUGCCAAGCAAUAAAAGCAAUCCUGGAUACAUCACUAUCCAGGGGCAUCAGAGCUUGUGUGGUAGACUGGCUGAGGGAGCACCUCCUACUGUUGGAACAUCAUCUUCACAGAAGGCACCAAGAAAUGUGAUUUUUGUUUUGAAAAUCAACUUAUAAUUGGGAUUUGGAGGACAGCAAUUCUGGAAUUGAAUGUUUGAGUCUGUGGAAUUAAAUAAGCUUUUGUAAUA